GUAAAAUAAGAUGGCCGCGCAGUGGUGUUUAUGUUAUUGAUACGCAUGAACCGAUCAUAGAAAUGAAAAACAAGCGUUUAUUUUCACCGCAGUUUAUUUUCAGAAAGGAAUAUAUUCAGAUCAGUUUAUCAGGCUGAUUUUUGUGUUUUUGUAGUGGUCGGAAGGAUACGACACAUCAUAAACAUGUCUGCAAAAGUGAACGCCACGGAGAGAAGUGAGUCGAGUACAAAAAGCAGAAGACGGUCUAACAGCAGAGGUAGAGAAAACCGCAAACGGGCAAGAAGCAGAAGCAGAUCUUCCUCCUCAUCAUCCAGUUCUUCGUCUUCCUCCUCCUCUUCUUCCUCUUCCUCCUCUUCUUCUUCACGAUCGUCAUCUAGCAGUUCUUCAUCACACAGUAUCUCCAGCUCCAGUGGCUCAGAUUCUUGCAAAAAGCGAGGGAAAUCUUCAAAGAAAAGUAAAGAGAAACACGGCAAAAAGAAAAGAACAAAAGAGAAGACACGCAAGAAGAAAAAGGAAAAGGGCCACAAAGGGCAGGACGAGAGCUCUGGACCUGUUCAAAUUUCAAAGUAUCUUAAGGAAAAGAAGAAAAGUGGCAAGUACAGCAUGAUUUCAGGAAAAAAGAUUAAAAUGAAAGUAAAAAAGUCAAAGAAGGACAAGCAGAGGGAUAAGAACAGAGCGGAGCUGCUGGAUUUCUUAAACUCCACCUACUGAUUCAGUCCAGACCCAGAACCAUUGUUAUUAUUUUGUUUGUUUGCAUUAUUCACCUGACAGUCACUCAGGGAAAGACCAUCUUGAAACAAUAAUAUUGUUGCCUGAAAUUAUACAUGGACAGAUCCUCAACAUUAAUCAUUUAUGUUGACAACAGUUGCUUUUAUUUUAGUUUUUUAUUAUUAUUCCAGACUAUAUAAACUGAAACAUUUGUAUUUUUACAUCUUAAUUGUACCCCAAUAGAACUGUAGCUUGGAUGUAACAUUGUUACAUGUUACUGAAAUUGUAAAAGAAAAAUAAGUAUUCUUGUAUUUUUAUUUUUAAAUGCAUAUCUCCAGUAAGCAAGAAUGAAUCGGUCCGGAUUUGUUCUAAAAGAUGCAGAAAGAGGAUUAAUGUCUGAGCGGCUGAUUCAUGAAGGUUUUACAUUAUAUUUCUAUGUGAAGCUUUUUGGAAAAUCUUUGAAUCGGCAUUCGUGGUUGUGUCCUUGCAGUUGUGUUUUUCUUGUUAUCCCUGAUAAUCUGUGUAUUUACUGUGUAGAUGAGCAGCUGAUAAUCUGCCUUUGAGUCACGUGCAUCCUACCGUACUGAUGACAAUACUGUUAAAUAAACUUACAAUCUGUGUCUUUGUGUAUUAAAA